AUGAAUUUAUUUGCUAAUUUAGCUGCAAAUCUUUUUGUCAAUAAAGAUACAUUAAUUAAAGUAUUAAAAACAUCUGAUUUUUCACAAGAAUUUAUUGAUGAAUUUAAAAAUGAUCGUAUUUAUUUAGAAGAAGAAUUUAUGAGAAAAAAAUUGAAAUUAUUAUGUGAAUUAGCUAACGAUUAUCAUUUUGAAGAUUUAUAUUGUUAUGAUACGGGUAUUUUAUUUAUUUUACAUACAACUGAAAAAGAACAUUCAACUAUUCGAUAUCGUAUCAAAGUUUAUGUAAAAUUAUUAGCUGUUAAAUUUACACAAACAAAUCAAAUUGUUCAUUUUAUUAUUGAUCAUUUACAAUUAAAAUCGUUAAAUUUUAUUUCUAAACCAUUUCGACAUUGUGCUGAACGUCGUGCAAGACGAAUGUUAAUUGAUGAAUUUGAACGUGUUUGUGAAGAAAAUAAAAUACUCUAUCAACGAUAUAAUACACAUACUACAGAUAUAAAAGAUACAACAACAACGGCAAAUAAUAAUGUGAAUGCUGAAUAUUGGAUAGACUUGAAGAAUUUAAAAGAAUUAAAUUUAUUAAGACAACAACAUUUUCUAUUAGGAAAUAGAUCGAUAUUAGAAAUAAUUGAAAUUUUAAAUAUUGAACAUCAAAAUGGUGCUAUAAUAUUAGCAUAUAGAAUUCGAAUGCCAACAGCAAUCGAUAAAACAUCAUCAUUAUCAACAUCAAGUCCAUCACCAUUCAUUAUAUCCGAAGUAGAUUUAUCACGAAAAAGAGCAACAAGACAAAUUAUAAGAAGAUCCUGA